CAGAGGAGCAGGAAAGCCGGACGUUCCCAGCUUUGAUCGGUGAGCUUGUGCUGAGUUAGCCACUAAUCGCCAGAAUAGCAAAAUGGUCACGAAAAUUCGAUCACUGUCCAGUAACCACACCCGGAAGUGAAUAAUCACAGCAUAAGCCUGGGAUCGAUGACGCCUGCUGUGGGGGAGAUUAUCAGACCUGAUGUAAGCAGUGGGGCACAGCCGCUAUAGCACGGCUCAGCAGUAUAAAUAGGCAGUGAAGGGAACGGAAUUUAAAGCAUCGCACUCCACAGCAGCGACAACAUCGACUCAACUGGCGAAACCCGACAGAACCAUGCUGGGCAAGGCUCCCCUCCUGGUAUUCUACUGCCUGACUGUACACACUAUGUGCUCACCGGUAUAUCCAGCACGAAGAUUUGAAAAUAGUCCUAUUCUGGGGAGAAUGCUCAGUACCCCAGCAGAGGAGAGUGACAUCGCCCAAGCCAGAAGGCUGUGUGAGGAUGAUGAGUCUGCCCUGGAUACCACUGGAAAACGAACUGAACGCCAUGCGGAUGCAGUAUUCACCAACAGCUACAGGAAGGUCUUGGGUCAGAUGUCUGCAAGGAAGCUCCUUCAGACAAUUAUGGGCAAAAGAGUUGGCGAUAGCAGCCUUGAGGAUGAGCCUGAGCUCUUUUCCAAGAGAAACUCUGAUGACAUCUUUACAGACACCUAUGCUCGUUACCAGCGGCAGAUGGCACUUAGAAAAUAUUUGGCUGAAAUUCUGGGCAAUCAAAGACUUGAAAAUAUAAACAUCAGGCAGCUGCCUGAGGACUUUUCUGCAGCUCUGGAAACAUAUUACGGAAGCAAAUCCUCUUACAAUAAUUAAUUGAAGCAGUGUCAAUUCUCCACCCUAAUGGAUCAUACAGUUUCUUUCAAAGAGAAAUUCUUCAUUAAAAUAGUUUUGAUGUACAGUAUUAUGCACUAAAUUUAUUAAUACAAUUCACUGUAAACAUUAUUUCUAUGGAAAUUUGCAUUGUGAUAUUAUAUUAAAGUUACAUCUGCACAACUGGUGAAAUUGUCUAUUUCUCUUCAUUUCAUUCUUGUUUGUAGUUAAUUUCUGUCAGCAGUACUCAUGGAGAGCUGUAUAGUAAACCCAAUUGUUAUGCUGAUCUUUAUGUCUGUUAUUGGAGCUUUCUUUCAUUUUCUGUGCAAGGCUAAAUCUUGAUAAUGAAAAUUCUAAGUUGAAAUCAUGUUUUCUCAAACAUUAGGACAAAACACGCUCCCUAAUAUAAUCAUUUUUAAUAAUAGAUUUAAGUACCAUUUACUGACUUAGAAUGCUAUAAGGCUAAAUAUAAUAAAUGAUGCUCUA